AUGUCCGACGACGCUGCAUCGGCCAGCGGGGGAGACGGCACGCAGGCGCAGCCUGGCAGAGUCGGCGGCACCACCCCAGACGGGCCUGCCCUAGGAGACGCCGGGGAAAUUGAAGGUUCGAAGGAAAUUGGCAGCCGCGCCCAACUCGCCGACUUGGACAGAGACAUCGUCCGCCACCUCGAACGCCAGCGCGAGAUCCAAUGGGCAAACAAAUCCAAACGCGCCACCAGAGGGGACCACCGCACCGCGAUGCUGCUGCAGCGGCGCGGCGACGUCAUGCAGCCGCCGUGCGACGAGUGCCAGCGGGACGGGGACGAGGACGAAGACGAGGACGAGGCCGAGGGCGCCGGCGUCUUCGCCGAGUGCGUUGCGGCGCCGGUGAUUGGGGGCGCGGCGUUUGCGAACGGGGCUUGCGCGAGCUGCGUUUGGGAGAAGAAGACGUGUUCGCUGCGCGGGACGACGCUGGCGCUGGAUGGGGGGAGCAUUCGGCAGUUUGUUGAUGUGGAGAAUGGGCAGUUUAGUCUGCGAGAUGCGAUUGCGGCGCAGAGGGUUGCGCUUGGGGAGCAAGAGAAGGGGAAGGGGAAGGGGAAGGGGGAGAAGGGAAAAGAUACAGAUAAGGGAAAAGGCAAACAGAAGGAGGUAGUGGCUUCGUCUUCCAACGACACCUCCCCCGAGGAACCGGACGGCCGGAAUAUCCAGACGAUCCCCUCGUCAACCUUCUUCGGCGCCUUCGUCCAGGACCGCAGACUCAACCGCGUAGGCGUCUCGCAGCGCGGGCCCCGCUGUGAGUUCGAUGGCGAUGAGCUGCGAUUCCCCAUCUCCCGCUUGAUCUGGGAAGACCCCAAGCGGUUGCUCGCGGCGCGGUCGGAUCUUGCGCAUUUCCUGGCGACCGUUGAUGCGAGGCUGUAUGAGCUUGGAGAGGAAGGAGACGACGAUUCGUUCUUUUGGCGCAGGGAGGCGAAGAGGUUGCCGGCGUUGUACGCUGCACCGCAGGCGCCUAAAAGGGCCAGCUCCGUGCAGGUCCCGCAGACGCAAGAGCCCACCGACGAGACCCCCGAUGUCGUCCCCGAAACGCAGCAGAAUGACGAGACCGUGAUCGCCGAGACACCCCCCAAAACGACCCCCCAAGCGGCAACGCCAAAACCCCAAGACAAGGCCCCCGUGGUCCCCGAGACACAGCCGGCUGAUGACAAGGUGAUCCCUGAGACACCCGUUGAAGAAACCCCUAGCGCCCCGAAGCCGACCCCUCAAAAGAAGAGCCCUGAAGUUCCCGAAACGCAGUCCCAAGGCAAGCCAUCGGUAGCCGCCGCGGUACAGAACAGACCCUCUUCCAAGGAUCCAAAGACGGGCUCCAAACCGGGCACAUCGAGGAAUACAGCAUUUGAAAUCUCAGACUCGCAAGCAGACAACGAGUCGUCUUCGUCUGAUAGCGGCCUUCCCAAUCCCCCAGCUCGCGUAGACAGAAAGAUCCGCCCAUCCAGGGACGACGACGAUGAGGACGAUGACAUGGCUGGCGCCGGAGUCGGAGCCGCUGGCCCCUCAACUGCUCCCGCCCGCCCGCUAGCGACGACCACGGCAACGCGGACUGUAGGGGGAGGGGCAACUGGCAGUACGGGCAGUGGCCCAUCUCGGCGGAGAAUGAAAUUUCUGGGGACGGCUCUUGAUGCGUUGAACUCCAUUUCUGGGGGUGCGACUGGGUCGAAGCGGCGGAGUGGGGAAGGGAGUGCUGAGGAGCCUCCGGAGAAGAGGCCGAGGGGGGAGAACAACCCUGAUGGGUCAUCGCUUGGUGGCCCUGCAGCCUGA